UGUGACUAGAUCCAAAAUGGCGGCAGUUGCCUUACUACGCGUGAUCGAAAUAAAAACACGGUCAGAGCUUGAGCUCUGGAGCGGCCGGCAGCGGGAGAGAAGUUACCGCUUCUCCUGCUCCGCUUUCCCCUGAUUACACUGAAUAAAAGGCAGGUGAUUCCGGAGCUGUCCGUCGCCCACCAUGAAGAUCUCUGAGUGCAAACUGAGCACGCUUUGUGUUCUCCUAUAAGCUGCCUGUACUCUUUGAACCAUGCCUGAAGAUUAGAGCACCUCUACUAGCCACAUACCAUUUUAAAAAUCUGCAUGACCCUCCAUGUAGGCCUUCUCUCCUCUGUCCCACUGGAGUGAACACCCCUAGUCUUGAUUUCCUUCCCUUCCCAUUGAGCCCAUUCUUUGUUGUCCUCUUGAAGACAAACCGGGACAAUGUCCCUGUAUUUAAAAAUGGCUCCUACAUAAAACCCUUCACUCCCAUGCGUUCAGUAAGUGGAGACUUGUCCAGUGCUGCCCCUCCCAAGAGUGUGUCGUUGCUGGACUCUCUUUCCCCAUUCGAUAUGUCCCUGCUACAGUCCCUGGGCCCAGUGCAGAGCUGGCUGGGCCAGGAGCUGGAGAAAUGUGGCAUAGAUGCCAUGAUCUACACCAGAUACGUCCUCAGCCUCCUGCUGCACGACAGCUAUGACUACGAUCUGCAGGACCAGGAGAAUGACAUCUUCCUGGGUUGGGAGAAGGGAGCCGGCAAAAAAUGGGGGAAGAGCAGGAGGAAGGGAGGGACAGACCUAAGUCUGGAGGAGAUGAAGAAGCAGGCUGCUGUGCAAUGCCUGCGUUCUGCUUCUGAUGAAAACUCUGGAGUUGAAAGUUUAGUUGAGGAGCUUUGCUCCAAGCUCAAGGACAUUCAGAACAAACAAAAAGUUCAUUCUUUUACAGAAAAAGAAAAGCAAACAAUAAAGAAGUCAGAUGAAUCUCGAUCACCUGAAUUGGCUGAAUCACCUUCUUCUAAAGACCAGGUGGAAAUGUACUAUGAAGCCUUUCCACCUCUAUCAGAAAAACCUGUUUGUCUGCAAGAGAUUAUGACCGUGUGGAACAAGGCUAAAGCGAGUGCAUAUUCCAGCUCCUCAUCUGCUGCCCCUCAAACAAGCACAGAUACCUCCUCCCCAAAAGACUGCACCAGUGAGGGUGAAGUCAUCAAGGACAAAGCAACUGAUGCAUCAGUUGUCGUCUCCACUACUAUGGAGAAGGCUCAGCAAAGACGCAGCAAGAAAGAAAAAGAGAACCGAUACCACGGGGGUGCUUCUGGGGCUUGCAACGACCAGGUUGUUUUUCAGAAUAAAAGGCACGCCAAACAUCGAUCUGAUUUGGGGCACCGUCCUCGGUCCUGGUCCUCUGGCUCCAGCGAGGGUGGCUCAAGCUCCAGUGGUAACCAAGGUGAGGCAAAGACCUGUAAAGGAGUUCGGAUCAGACAGAGGUCUCGUGAGAUUAGCAGCAGAAACAAAAGAGGGCGAAACUACAAGCAAGUCAAACUGGCCCUAAAGGCUAUUGACAAAGAAGAGCGCAGAAACACAGGUAGCAGUUGCAGUGCCUCCGAAGGCCCUUUGAAGCACCAACAGCACUACACAAAAAAGGGCAAAAAGCCAUUAAGGGAGCUUCGAAAAGAUCCCAGCUGGGUUGACUUGAAAGAGUCUGGAGGUGAAGCCAAUAACAACAGGGAAUACAUGGAAGAACCCCUUUGGUACACCGAGCCCAUAUCGGAGUAUUUUGUCCCGUUCGGUUGGAGUAAACUGGAGACAAAGUAUCGAAGCAAACCAGAUUCCCCCAGUGACCUAGCUACAGCCAUUAAUGUGGACAGUCUGUCAGAGCAAGUACAAGGGAUCUGCAUUGCCAACACUUCAAUUCAAAGGGCGUACCUUGCAGCAGGUACAUUCGUGGAUGGGCAUUUUGUUGAAGUUUCCAGUGAGGCAAACGGGGAAGCCACUGAACUGAAUGGGACCUCAAGCUGCCCUCUUCCUGAGGAUGGUAAAGAUUUAGAUGAUGAGCAUCUGUCUGAAUUCACUCACUUCUAUGAAGUCGAUAUAUACCAAUCCAUAUUGGAUCCCAGUGCCUCAGAUGCAGUACAAGAAAGUCGAAUCUUAAACAUGAUUCGGCAAAAGAGCAAUGAGCCAAGAGACAUUGAGGCAGGGAGUUGUGUAGAUUUAGAUGGCUUUGACCUGCAGGGGGAAAGUGCAAUAAAGGCAGAUUUUUUGGGAGCUUCGGGAGAUGAUGUGAUUCUUACGCAAGACAUGGAAAACAUUGCUCAUAUGUGGGAGUGCUGCUCAUCAUCUAGUUCUGAGGAAUUGGAAGGAGAAAGUUGUGCAGGUGACUCUCCAGUUAGGCUCUCCCCAAUGUUGGGCAGUGUGCCAUUUAACCUGAGCAGGUUGUCAGGAACUUAUGGUGAGCCCUCUGUCCAGGAUGUCACUGGGAGCACGAUGGCUCUAAACUCCUGUUUCUCGCUCUUUGAGGUGCAGUGUGAUGGCUCUGCUUUCCCCUUUUCUUGCGACUCUCUUGCAUCCAGCCGUGAAAAUAUAGAUUCAAGUAGCUUUCUAGAUUCUCAUGCAAACAAACAGUCUCGCUUGCUAAUUUGGACCAAAAAUAGUGCCUUUGAUGAGAACGAACACUGCUCUAACCUGUCUACACGAACAUGCAGUCCAUGGUCCCACUCAGAGGAGACGCGCUCAGACAUUGAGCAAGUCACUGGCCAAGCAGAUGAGUCUUCUCAGUUUGGCAGUGAGGAACUUGGCUGCAUAAUUCCUCCUGUUCCAACUUCAUACCUGGAGGAGGAGUUUUUGGAUUUCUUGCAGGAGAGCCCGAGUCACCAGCAAGAUAAAAUGAGUGCAGGCAUAGUGUCCAAUCAGACCUUCAACAAGGUAUCCAAACUCGAGUCUGUUUGUGGAAUAGCUUUAGAGCAGGAUGAGGGCAAACAGUACAACUCUGUUUUGUUUCCAGAAGACACCAACCAACAAAAUGAUGAUUACAGCUCAGGAAUUAUAAAAGAUAUUUGGAUGGCUAUUGGAGACCGAGAUUGUGUUUUAGCUCUUGAACUGGAGAAAGCAGAUGAUGACUUGUUUUCAGAGGAGACAUCCAGCUAUCACUGUGGCUGUCUUGAUGGGGAGGUGAAAGAGACCAUCGAAAAGAAGGCUGUUCAGCGUUCAGAGUACCACCUUUGGAAGGGUAAGAAGGAUGAUCAAGGUCUGGCCAAAAAUCAAGUCUCCAAGGUGGAUGGAGGAGACUAUGCAACACCUGCCAGGCCGUGGGAUGUUGAUUCAGAGAGGGACAGUACAUCAUUUAUUCUUGGAGGAGUGUACGGAGAACUAAAGUCCGUAAGCAGUGACGAGGAGUGGACUGUGGUACAGCCCAUCAACACCUGUGAGAACCUGUUGCAGUGUGCCUCAGCUUCCUCGUCUGAUGUGGUAACCAUUGCAGGGACUGACGUGUUCAUGAAUACAGGCAGUUGCUUUGCUCCUGGUCAUAAGCCUCUGUGGCGCCCUUUGGUGUCCUUUGGACAGAACAGUCAGGCUACCAAAGGGUCGGGGGAAGGACUGAAUAAGGGAUUUUCUGUUAUCUUCCAUGAAGAUUUACUUGGAACCUGUGGAGGCUAUUGUGGAGAGCAGCAAGGACUUGAUUAUCCAUUUUCAUCCUUUGAUCUCAAUAACCCUUUUUCCCAGGUCCUGCAUGUGGAAUGCUCAUUUGAACCAGAAGACAUGGCCUCUUUCAGCCCAGGAUUCAAGCCAAAGUCCAUAUUGUGCUCAAACUCUGACAACGAGCCAUUCAGUCCAAGCCUAUAUGGCAUCAACCGCACUCAGUACCGGGCCAUCCGCAUAUCCCCAAGAACUCAUUUCCGACCGAUAUCAGCCUCUGAACUUUCUCCUGGCUGUUGUAGUGUGUCGGAUGGAGAGUCUGAAAAGGAGGAAAUGAGUCUUCCCAUUACUGGUCAGUCAGAUCUAUUUGAUAACCCCCAGGCAGACCUCAAACCCCUGGAGGAAGAUGCAGAGAGCGAAGGCCCUUACUAUGGAAAGUCUGAACUGGAAUCUGGUAAAUUUUUACCCAGAUUAAAGAAGUCGGGCAUGGAGAAGAGCGCCCAGACAUCACUCGAUUCCCAGGAAGGUGGGGGUACAACUCUGACCACUGUCGAGCAGGAGAUUUGCUUAGACUGCGAAGUCGCAGGAAAAUCCACAGCAGCAGUGUCUGCUGUGAGCUCUCUUGUGGAAUUGCCUGUGGAUGCAUUUCAGAAACCAGAGUCCUGCAUAGAAAGGGAGGCCUGUAGGUCUGUUGGUGCAAGCCAGCUUCUGGAAUUUGGCAAAUCAUACAAUGUGGUUCAAGAUUUGGAUGAGUUUCCACUGUUGAGUUUUGGAGAGAGAAGUGUGAUGAAUAGCCAGCGAGAGGAUUGCUGGUGGCAGAAUACGCUAUGUUCCUCCAUCUUUUCCGGAUCUCGGUGCACAGAAAGCAGCAACAUAUGAGUUUGCUGCUGAGCACCGAGUCGCAGAACCGUGCUGAAAUUCUUUUCAGCGCUUUUCUUCUUCUGCAUUAAACCAGCAGAGGAUGAUAAGGAUGUGGAGAAGCUUCAUCAGGACAGAACAUCAACACCUCUAUUAAUCUUUAAGUUUAUUCCCUCCGCCCUGGCCAAUCCGCCAACUUUCACCCCACGUUCUAUAGUCAUUAGAAACGUAACCGAAGGGGAACUGUGUGUGAUUGCGUGUGAGCGUGUGUGUGUGUGUGUAACAGUGUGUUUGUGCACGCUCAAACUUUAUGGAUCGGUUUGAAGUGUGUGUGUAUUAAUCAGCUUUGCCAAAGGCAUGUAGGUGAUAAUGAUCCUUAGUUGAGUCAAGUAAUCUUUACUUGAACCCCAUCUGAUAGGUGUGUGUGUGCGCGCGCGCGUGUGUGUUUGUGUGACACUAGCGUCACUCCUUAACAGCAAUGACAAAAAAAAAUUGUAGCCUGUCGCUUUCUCACACCAGCGGUUUUAAGAUUUAUUUUCUACUGUUUUGAAGGAGUGACAUUUAGUGAUGAAUCUUCCCCAUUCACCGAUUUUGAAAAACGUGAGAAAGCAUUUUUUUUUCUUUCUUUUUUUUUUCUUCUUUCUCUCCCUCCCCCCUGCAGCGUAGAGCUAAUUGUUUGGUUUGUGUUAUUGAAAACCGACUUCCCCCAUAUAAGCAUAAUAUCCUUUUGUGUAACGUAUCAGAAGGGGGGGAACCUAAGAAAGUGUGAAAAAAGGUUUUAGUUUCGCAGUUCCUUAUUACAGUUUACAGCUUACGCGUAAAAAAAAAAAAAAAGUUAUUUUAAUAAAACGAAAUAUUAACGCAUAUAUGAGCUAUAGGUGCAACUUGGGUUUGUUUUGGGUUUUUUAUGGAGGGACAUCUGUAGCAAAAAGAAACGGUACGAUCGAUGCUUUAAAAACACUCGUGUGACCUUCGGAUAUUUUGUUGCACGUCAAAAUUGUUCCUCGUAAACCAAGCGACACAAAGGUUUCCUGAUUUAUGUGCAUAAUUUUUUUUUUCUCUUUUUAAGAUCAGAAAUUUGUUGCAAAAUAUAGUGGUUUUAGUUUCUUAGAAAGCUAUGAGAGUUGUUUUCUUUUUUUUUCUCAAUUUUUUUUUUUUUUUUUAGAAAGCAUUUAGUGUAGACUCGCGUGUUUUGGUGUGGGUUGCAGCUUUUCAUUUUAAAAAAAGCCGGUGGCAUGACGACCCGGUAUAGAAAUUGUUCGCCAUUAUAAAAAAAAAUAUAUAUAUAUAUAUUUAUAAAUUUAAGCGUUCCUGUUACUGCAAACGUAGCCAAUCAGCACGAGAUGCAAAUUUUACUUCUGUUUUGCACUAAAGUUACGAGGCUGCAUUUGUUUAUUAUUAUUAUUUUUUCUUCUAAAGUAGAAUUUUCUUCUUUUAAUAAACAAAUAGUUUGUGAAAUACUUUCAUCAUCUGUUUAAACAUUUAUAUAAAAUGCAUAGGUGGUUUUUGUUUGUGAAUUAGCCUCGUAACUCCAGUGCAAAAUGUUCAAAAUAAAAAAAAAAAGUUUGUUUAAAAAAAAAAUAAGUAAAAAGAGAGGGGGGAGAAAGGGCAACUCCGGGUGCGUCUCUGCUGCUCGGCUGUGUUUGUUAACGAGGACAUAUAGACUUUACACUCUGCGCUUUGUAACUUUCUCUUAGAGGAAAGCUGUGAUAUUGUUCGAGUUGGUAAAGAUUUAAGACGUUUGCUUCGUAAGAACAUGUUUAUUAUAGUCUGUUCUCUUUUUUUUUUCUUCCCAUCCUCACAUUUACGUGUGCUCCAUAGAAAAGUGACACUCGUUAAUGCAUACAGAGUGAAGACCAGUACAUGCACAAACACUACACACACACACGCACACACACACACACACACUUACUACUACUUUAUACAGCUUUGGUCUUUAUUCCACCUUAUUAAUGUCUCUCAUCUGCCCUCUGAGCCAGACAUCUUUAGUUUUAUUAUUAUAAUUAUUAUUAGUUUUUUGUUUUUAACGGAUGUUCCAGAUCUACAGAGAGUCGCGGAUUUCACACGUACGAAUCAGAGCGAUCCGAUCUGUAUCACCCGGGCGCUGGUCCGAAAAACUGAGACGUCAUCAGACUGUCCGCGGCGACGGUUUGAGUUAACUACACAAACAAACCCGCAAAUAUCGUUAGAUUCCCUGAGGAUGAACUCGGUUGUCAUCGUUGGCGUGACUUUGUGUCGCAGCUUUUUUUUUUUUUUUGUUCCUCCACGUCUCAGUAUGGACUCUUGUUUUUGAUGCGUUAGUUCGAAAGAAAGUUUUCAGCCUGACUACUGAAUAGAGUUAAUCAGCUUGCAGUAACUGUGUGUUUAUGACAACAUUUAUAAACAUACCGUUUACAUAUUUGACCAAAAUAUGUCUGUGUUUUCAGUGUAGAGAAAACAACGUUUUUAUUUGACCCUGUUCAAAACGUUCGGCCUGAUCGUGAGUCAGAUCUUCAGCCCGGCGCUUCUGAUCAGAUCAGUGCUCAGCAGAUCCAUUAACAGCUCCUUUGAUUCAAACAGAAGCGUUCCGUCAUCACGCUAAUUGUGAGCUCUUUGACUACUCCGAUAUCUGGAAGAUCCUAAAACCUGCAGUUUGCUGUGUUGUAGUUUCUGAUUGCGCCUCCUGGUGGCUGCGGUACUGUAGUGCACACUAUGGACGAAGCACACGUUGUUUUUCUUUCUGGGAUAUUUUGGGGGGGGAGAUAAUCGAUGAAGAAAAUGGAUGAAUACAGUACGUGAACUCAGUAAUUCACACCAUAUUAUUUAACACUCAGAUUGACUCGAUUUAGUAAAACAGAUUUAAUUCAGCAGAGACUAUCUAUUUUACUAACACGCUUCCACAGGUGGUACCUUUUUUUUCUUUCUUUUUUUUUAAUGAAAACACUGAGUUGAAAAAUAAAGCAUUAAUUUAUUAUUAUUAUUAUUAUUAUUAUUAUUAUUAUUUCAGCCUAGACAGCACCUGACAUCUGUGAAAAGACAAGUGGGGGGGAGGGCUAGAGUGAAAGAUGCAUGAGGUCGUUGAGGCUAAUAUAGUAAUUGGACAUCACAGUCCCUGAUUUGCUUUGCUUUAAACUGCGAAACAAGUUUUAAAACAAACAAAAAAAAAGUGUGUAACUAAGUUUUAUUUUCUUUUUUGCUUUUAACUAUUGCGUGAAUGAAUCUAUGUGGGUCCUCAAAAUAAGAAUUUAAAAACAAACAAGCAUCAGAAAUUGUGUUCAGAGAGACCACAAUAUAACAGUACGUGUUCCAUGUGUGAGAUUGGAGUAGUGCGUACUCAUGCUAGACUUUGUCCUGCAGCUCUGUUCCAUCGUUUAUUUUGUGUGUUGAGAGGAAACACUUCCCCAGUGCGAGUCAGGAUCGCACUCUUCAAGCACUGAGGCUUCUUCUUUUGUUGGGUUCUCUCUCUCUUUUUUUUUUUUUUUGUGCUCUCUCUCUCUCUCUGUGUUCCUGUUUUAUAACUCAUCUAUGCUGCCCGGUGGGGUUCCAUCAUCAUCAUCAUCAUCAUUUCCGACCCGUCUUCAUCACCUCAACGCCUCAGUGCAACCGAAACCCCAAACAUGGUCACGUUGUUCUAAUUCCAUGUAUAAAUCCAACAGAGAUUUGCUUCAUUGUUGAGUUUCUGAAUCUAAUAAAGAGAUUGAGAACA